CCACACCCACCCUUCAGCCUUCCACUUCCGAUUGUUGUUUUCGAUCUGCCUCAUUUUUCGUCACGGAUUUCUAUUAAUGCGCAUAGAUGGAAGUUGCCGGUCUUGCAGUUGGCGUUGCAGGACUAGCCGGGCUCUUCAGUGCUUGCAGUAGCGCAUUCCUGCUCGUGCAGAAAGGGCGUUCUUUCGGCAAAGACUACAAGAUCCUUGAAACCAAGUUCAACAACCAGGAACUUCGGCUGCGUGCCUGGGGCCGCGCGUGCGGCCUCAUCGACGGGACGCAAUACGACGUGCGAUUGGAUGAGCCAGAGCUUCAUCAGCAGCUGGAGGCAACGCUGGAAUGUAUUAAGUUAUUGCUGGGAGACGCGAAAGAGCUCAAAGACCGGUAUGGCCUGAGGCCCUGCGAAGGGCGUUUCGAAGGAAGCCGGAGUGACAGUAUCGCCAUCGGUUCGUAUCCUACUGGCGCGCGGCCUGUGAAUUUCUUGGAGCGAAGAGGAAGCUUGAAAGAGUUGCUGUUUCGCCGAACAAGAUCGCAGCGAAGCCGACCCAACUCCGCUUCAGCGAUUGGGACAGCAUUGUGGAUCAUCGAAGACCGCGAAAAAUUCUCUGAGCUAGUCAGACACCUUAAGGAUUUCAUUGAUGACUUGGAAGACCUCACUAGAGCUACCGAUGUACCACCUCGCCAACUCAUUUUCGUUGAAUACGAGAUCGAAUCGAUUGAUGAUGUGGACGAGUUGGAAUACAUGGAAAUGGCGAGACAGGGGGAUGAUGAUGCGGUAUCCGACGCUGCAAGCGCGCGUCUUGAGCAACUAUCCCAAGGGACGGCGAGCAUUCGCGCUUCCAUGGAGACUGGCCGCACUGGAUCCUUCAUCACCUUGGAAUCGUAUUUCACGGCAAGGACGCAGUCUUCGGUUUCGCGCACGAACAGCCUCGCAAAUUCGGCCAGUAGUGGACCUAUACUGGCAGCACAGACGGGUCAACAAGGCCGUUCCCCAGCUAUGGUGUCGAUUGGGUCUUCCACUGUCCGGCCUGGGGAUGAGGGAGAGAUUCUCCCAUGCUACAAAUGCGUCGUCGUAGGCGAGGCGUCGGCUCGUAAAACGGAACUACUGUCGAAAUUCAAAUUCGGAAAUUCGCCACCUAGAUAUAUGCCGGUGGUCUUCGAGGAGUACGUGAUUACCUGUGGGAUCUUUGGCCGACAGGUCAAUUUAGCAUUAUGGGACACAAGCGGAACAGAGGGAUAUGACAACUUUCGAACAGCCACUUUCGCAAACGCAGACGUCUUUAUCAUUUGCUUCCCCCUCGGCGUAUCACAAGAUCGCAACCAAGUGCGGGAAAGGUGGCUACCCGAGUUGCAGCGCAAUUGCCCCGGGGCCGGCUACGUUCUCACUGGCAUAGAGCCAGGCAGUGCGCAUGAAACCUCUCCCGAUGACUUGGUUCGGGGGAAGAAUUUCGCCAGGGAGAUUGGUGCGUGGGGGUACGUCCAGUGUAACAUAGAAACUGGUGCCGGCGUAAACGAUGUAUUCGAAGCGGUGACACGGGCUGUUAUUCCGGCUGACUGGGCUCGAAGUGGUUCGCGUCUGUCACGCGGCUGGACUCUUCCAUGGCGUAAUAGGCAUCCAGAGUUGCGGGCGAUUGAGGAGACGUGGGAAGGAACUGCGGAGUAGGAUUGUUUCGUUCAUGGAAGACCCGACGCUCAAUGUUUGUCAUAUAACGUUAGCGUCGUGUCAAGAACCAGUUUUGAUAUCUUCAGACUAGUUGGUUCAUAGUCAAAAACUCAAUCGCGAAGCCGUC